AAGGGGUAGUUUGCCCUAUAGAAGCAACUGCCAACUAUUUUAAUAGCUACGAAGGAGAAUCAAAACAAAGAUCCAAGUUUAUAAAAAGUGUGAAAAUCAUACUCUAGUUAAAAAUGAUACUUAUUUAAAAUAGUUCUAACAACACUCAAUCAAUGUUACUAGUGAUCUAUUCAACAUCCUAUUGAUCUACUCAGAUCAACGAUUCUAUUUGAGGAAUAGGAAGGAACUUUGAAUUUUUGAGCUGCGUCUAACCUGCUACAAAAACAAAAGUUUCGUAAAAAGUUAUCCGAACAAUCUCAAAAAUUCAAAAGGGGAUGCGGAUUUAACCUCAAAUUGUUGUUGAUCGAAUAUAGCCGUGAAAAGCCACAAAUAUGACCCACAAUAAAUGUGCUGUUUGCAAAGAAACAAUCGGUGUCUGCGAUUCAGCGGCUAGAUGCCAGCGCUGCCAUUCUCGUUACCAUGAAAAAUGCGUUGGUGAAGGGGAAUUAACUUCUAACGGAAAUUCUUGGUUCUGUGCCUCCGACAAGUGUCAGGCUGAGAAGAUACGAUUGGAUAUGCCAUUAGGCUCGGCUUGCUGUAACGAGGCUUUGGAAGAAAAAAUCCGAUUGAUUGAGAAGGAGAAACGGGAUAAAAUGUUGGAAAUCGAAGCUGAAAAUAUACUAAAGGAAAAAGAAUUAGAUAUGCGUCGUAUGCUUAGAGAAAUGCAACUCAACAUGGACAGAAGAAGAAAGAAAAAAGAAGAAGAUCAGGAGAGAAGAUAUUGGGAGCAAUCUUUUCGAGAUCAACAGGAUCAUUUGGGGAGAAUGAAAGCUCUGCAAGGUGAAUUUAUGACCAAAAUCAAUCUCAUCCAACAGGAAUUGCAGGUUAUAGGGAAUACGCAAUCAUCAGCGAUGAAUCCGAUUCGACGUUCGCGACGUAGCAAGAAGGAACUCCUGGACACUUGCUCUGAAGAAAGUGACUCACUCAGCGAAAGUGAGGAACAAGAGGUGACACAAACACCCCGAUUAUUAAACGGGCUGGGGAAUGCUCACAGCGGUCCUUCUCAAAUGCAGUUGGCGGCGAGGAAUGGGAUCGUAAGUAAACUUCCUAUCUUUACGGGCAAGCCUGAGGAGUGGCCAUUGUUUCACUGCGCCUAUGUUACAUCUAAUGAAGCAUGCGGGUUUACAGAUGUAGAAAACCUCGUUAGGCUUCACGAAAGUUUAAAAGGUCCAGCUUUAGAAAGCGUACGAGGUAGACUUCUUCUUCCUAAAACUGUUCCUCAAGCAAUAGCCAAAUUGGAACAACUCUUCGGAAGACCGGAACUCAUGCUGCAACAUUACUUUGAAAAAAUUAAAAGAAUAAAACCACCAAAUGCGGUAAAGUUAGAGACGUUUCUUCCAUUUGGCAAUGCAGUAGAAGAACUGUGCGAUCAUCUGGAAGCUCUUAAGCUUGAAGCCCAUUUAGUCAACCCGCUCCUCCUUACGGAACUAGUCAACAAACUUCCAGCUACGGAUAAACGUGCCUGGGUGCGAUUUAAAAGGAAAAAGAAGAAUGUGAACCUAAAAACCUUCGCUAAAUUUCUUUCAAGAAUCGUAUCAGAAGCUUGUCAGGCAAAUGUUCAACUGAAAAUUGAAGAGAAACCGAAACAAGUGAGUAAGGGAAAAAUCGACAAGGGUAGUAUAUUUCAUCAUACUAGCAAAAACUACGUGGCUAAGAAAACUUGUAAGAUGUGCCAUGAAAGAAAUCAUCCAUUAGUUUUCUGCAAGACGUUCAGAAGGUUAACGGUGUCCGAUCGUUUAGCUGCAGUGCAUAGAUGGAAAGCUUGUCAAACUUGUUUGAACACUCACGGGAGUAGUGUAUGUAAAUUCAAAAUCACAUGUAAGGUGGAUGGAUGUGAAAGUUUUCAUAAUCCCUUAUUGCAUCCAAUACAGAACAAACCCAUGAAAACAAACUCUCAUAGGAAAAGCAACAUCUUAUUUCGAAUGAUACCUGUUACACUUCAGAGGGCAGGAAAAUCUAUUAACACUCUAGCAUUCCUAGACGAAGGGGCUUCAGUGUCUUUACUAGAUGAUUCGAUUGCAAAGAAACUUGGAGUUAAAGGAAAAAAACGAAAAUUCGAAGUAUCUUGGACAUCCGACAUAACAAGAAUUGAAAAUGAAUCAAUUCAAACAAGCUUAUCCAUAUCUGGUUUGGAUAGUAGCGAAGUAUUCCAGUUGAAAUCAGUACGCACAGUGCGAGAAUUGCAUUUGCCGAAACAAUCUCUGAAUGCAGUUAAGUUAACUCAAGACCAUCAACAUCUUCAAGGACUUCCCAUUCGAUCGUAUAGCUCCGAACGACCAGGACUCUUAAUUGGAUUGGACAACAUUGAUAUAUUCUCUCCACAAGAAGUUGUUUCUUGUGAUUCUACUAAAGGGAGACCAAUAGCUGUGAAAUCGAAAUUGGGGUGGUCCGUUUACGGCCCCUGUGAUGAAGUUUAAAUUUGACUGUUAAGGAACAUUUGGGCUAAACCCGCUUAUUUAUACGGACGCAAUACAAGCAAACAAAUGAACCAGUUUCUAGGUUGUAGUGUAGUAAAA